AUGACAAAGGAAGAUUUUCCCUGUGCAAAUGAAUUUAGAAGUGACACCUUCACAGUGCCUACUGCCUCAAUGAUCCAAUCUGUGGCACUGGCUUCUGUCGGUGACUCGGUGUAUGCUGAAGAUUUGGACACCUUGAACUUGGAGGAGAAGGUCGCUCAAAUGGCCGACAAGGAGGCAGGUUUGUUUUGUGUCUCUGGUACAUUGUCUAAUCAAAUCGGAUUGCGCAGUCAUCUGAUGCAACCUCCUCAUCGUAUCCUCUGUGAUUCCCGUGCUCACGUUUAUAUGCAUGAAGCUGGUGGAUUAGCCACUCUAUCUCAAGCAAUGGUCACUCCGGUCACACCACGCAAUGGACUAUAUCUGACAUUGGAGGAUGUGGUUGAUAACUAUAUUCCUGACGAUGGCGAUAUCCAUAUGGCCCCUACCAAGGUGGUCUCCUUAGAGAACACGAUCCAUGGAAUAAUCACCCCACUAGAGGAGAUCGCUCGCAUCUCUGAAUGGUGUCGUGAAAACGAUGUUCGUCUGCAUUGUGACGGUGCCAGAUUAUGGAACGCCUCUGUUGAGACGAAUACUCCAUUGAGCGAGUACGGAAAGCUGUUCGACUCUAUCUCAUUGUGUCUGUCCAAGUCAUUGGGAAGCCCUAUGGGAUCUGUUUUGGUUGGUGACAGAAAGUUCAUUGACAAGGCCAACCACUUCAAGAAGCAGAAUGGUGGUGGUAUACGGCAGAGUGGAUUCAUCGCCAGAAUGGCCUCUAUCGCUAUUGAUGAGAACCUGGGAAAGCUGCGGCAAUCUCACGAGUACGCCAAAGAUGUGGCCCGCUUCUUGCAGGACAAUGGCGUGCCACUGGAAUGCCCAACUCAUACCAAUUUUGUUUUUGUUGACCAAAAGAAAGCCCGCAUUGACCCAGAUCAUCUAGUAGCCAUGGGUGAGAAAUACAACGUAAACAUCAUGGGAACCAGAUUCGCUUUCCAUUUCCAGAAUUCCAAAGAAGCUGUUGAGCGUUUAAAGCAAGCUAUAAUGGAGACCUUUAAGUACUCCCAGGAACAUCCAUACGUUUCUACAGGAGCCAAGCGUUUAUACACCAGCAAGAGUCGAUCUAAUUCUCCAGUUUUGAAAAACUAA